AUGCCACCUACACGCUCUAGGUCGUCUGCUGCAGCUGAUGCCGAUGGAGCGGGAGCCCGCAGGCCCACCGCUCCAUUGCUCACGGUCCUGCGGUCGCGGGUGAGACAACCGCAGUUCUACUGGUUCCUGGGCCAUUUUCUCACGCUGUACCACUUCAUAAGGUUCCAUCUGGCAAUGUACUCGUACCGGUCGCAGAGAUACCACUACACCAGGCUCCUGUUCUACAUCUCUGGGACGUACGCUAUAGUGCUUUACCAGUUUUACAAGAGCGGGCAGCUAAAGGUGGGCAACUUGCUGCCCCAAUUGAGAAGAUUGGACAAUCUGCAGUAUUUCUGCAUGCUGGCGCUGCUGUUUGUGUGCUCGCUGACGGGUGCCACCGUCAGCGGGGCCCUCUACUCCCCAGUGAUCUUCUCGCUGUUCCACUGUCUGAACUACUUCAAAGAGAAUUUGCUGCCCUUCCUGCCACUGACACCGCUGGUGAAGGCCGUGGUCAACAACAAGAUUGCGCUCUUUAUACAGAACCACAACGAGAGGUACUUGCAGAUGGCCCAGGUGUUUGAGAUCAUGUGCGGCUUCCGCUCCGGUCUGUUUGGCCUGCCCUUGGCACUUGUCAGGCUGCUGAUCCGCUUCUCGGCGCGCAACAUGGCGUCCGUCGUCGCUAUGUUCGGUUACGUGUGGUUUUUCAAGCUCAGGCUGCAACAGACACAGUCCAUACGGUCGAUCCUCGCUCAGUUUGUCUACAAGCUCGACAGCUACAUCAACACAAGGCUACCGCCCCAGAUCGCCACCAGAUGGCACACCUACAAACAGUUGGUCCAGCUGUUAUUUUCCAAGAUCCCAGCAUAG